AUGGCCAUUCUUACGUCUCCUAAAUCGUUUCAGAAUGUCAAUGCCUUGGUCCCUCGCCAGUUCAUGACUCAAAUGCCAUCGGGGAUCAUAAAUGCUGGGUUGCUUCAGGAUGGCGGCCAUUCGAGCCAUCCAUCAUUCUUCCACCUCGUCCUCCUGGUUUUCGAAGCUGUGUUGGAGGUAGUAUGUGUCAGCUUGCCGGGUUACAUAGUUGCCCGACAGGGCAUGUUCGACGCAGAAGCUCAGAAGUUGGUCGCUAACCUCAACGUCAUGCUGUUUACCCCAUGUCUGAUCUUCAUCAAACUUGGUUCUCAACUGACGGCGGAGAAAAUCACUGAUCUUGCCAUUAUCCCGUUUAUCUUCAUCGUUCAGACCUUCGUCUCUUAUUCAUGUGCUUGGGUUAUAUCGCGAUGUUUCCGCUUCAAAAAACGACAGGCCAAUUUUGUGGCGGCAAUGGCUGUCUUCGGUAACUCGAACUCCCUACCUAUUUCCCUCGUCAUGUCGCUCUCGCAGACCCUAAAAGGCCUUCACUGGAGCAAAGUCCCUAAUGACAACGAUGACGAAGUGGCGGCCCGUGGAAUUCUAUACCUACUCAUAUUUCAGCAAUUAGGUCAGCUCGUGCGCUGGAGUUGGGGCUAUCGUGUUCUUCUUGCCCCGAAGGAACGAUACCUGGAAGAGGCAGAUAGGGAAGACGGUGUGACCCGAAUUGAGCAAGGGCAGGAACGAUACGGCGACAACCCGAACCAAACCGACCCAGAUGAGCCACUUAUCAGAACUCGAAGCUCUGAUAGCCUUACCCACCAUGCAGCGGGCUCUUCCGGUGACACGGAUGAGUUCAGGUCCGGUGAACAGACCCCCGUGACAGCUCAGACAUAUUCCUAUACGAAGCUGCCCACUCAUGGCCAAGUAAACCAUGAAUCAGACCACCACCCUUCCCUGAUCGGGCCUCCUCCCAGCGGACCAUUCCUUCCGCGCCAGAGUACUGGAGGCCACAUCCUAUUGUUUCCGAGUGUUGAGUUGUCGCAUGAAGGUCACCAGCACCAAAAGGGAUCGUUCACACGAGUCAAGCAGUAUCUGGGGCAACGCCGUAGUCGCAUGACAAGCUGUAUCGCGAGCGGCUGGGAGAAGAGCACAAACGCAGUGUACAAUCGACUUCCGAGCCCUAUACAGAAGCCCUUGUCUGUUUGUGCUCGCGGUAUCAAGACGUUUCUCCGUGGCCUAUGGGACUUCAUGAACCCUCCGCUGUGGGCUAUGCUUGUGUCGAUUAUCGUGGCAUCCGUGCCGUCCCUACAGCACUUGUUCUUCGACGAGGAUACAUUCGUGAACAAUUCGGUCACCAGAGCUAUCAACCAGAAUGCUCAAGUUGCUGUACCCUUGAUCCUGGUCGUCCUAGGAGCCAACCUCGCACGAAACACUUUGUCCCAAGAAGCGCUCGAAGACAUGGGGCAUCCCAAGGAAGAGAAGAAACUCAUUAUUGCCUCGCUCGUGGCACGCAUGCUGCUCCCAACCUUGAUUAUGGCACCUCUCCUUGCUCUGCUCGCUAAACACGUCCCUAUCAGUAUCUUGGGCGAUCCGAUCUUCAUAAUCGUCUGCUUCUUGCUUACUGGAGCUCCGUCCGCUCUGCAACUGGCACAGAUUUGCCAGAUCAAUAAUGUAUACGUCUCUGCCAUGUCGAAGCUUCUGUUCCAGAGCUAUGUUGUUUGGAUUCUCCCUUCCACUCUCAUACUUGUCAUGUGUGCGUUGGAGGUCGUUGAGUGGGCUUCCGCUUCUACCUAA